AUGAAUGGAAUUCAAGUGGAUAUCAAUCGUUUGAAAAAGGGCGAAGUCAGCUUAGGCACCUCAAUUAUGGCCGUGACAUUUAAGGAUGGUGUGAUACUAGGUGCCGAUUCACGUACCACCACUGGUGCGUACAUUGCUAACCGUGUGACAGAUAAAUUAACGAGAGUGCAUGACAAAAUUUGGUGCUGUAGAUCGGGCUCUGCAGCGGACACGCAAGCGAUUGCCGACAUUGUUCAGUAUCAUUUAGAAUUAUAUACCUCUCAAUAUGGUACUCCCUCUACAGAGACUGCAGCCUCAGUAUUCAAAGAACUAUGCUACGAAAAUAAAGAUAACCUCACUGCCGGUAUAAUUGUGGCUGGAUAUGAUGACAAAAACAAAGGAGAAGUAUAUACUAUCCCGCUAGGCGGCUCUGUCCAUAAGCUGCCUUACGCCAUAGCAGGGUCGGGGUCUACUUUCAUAUACGGGUAUUGUGAUAAAAACUUCAGAGAAAAUAUGUCAAAAGAGGAAACCGUAGAUUUUAUAAAGCAUUCGCUAUCGCAAGCUAUUAAAUGGGAUGGCUCUUCUGGUGGUGUUAUAAGAAUGGUUAUUUUGACAGCAGCUGGUGUGGAGCGGUUGAUAUUCUACCCCGACGAGUAUGAACAACUAUAA